GCGAAAGGUGUCAUCACCAUGGCUAUGGCAGCGUGCUAUCCGACCUACGAUCACAUGACCGGCGGCAGCAGAAAUGCUGGCAGCAUCGCGGCCCAGCAGCAGCAGCUCCAGCAGCAGCAGCAGCAGCAACAACAGAGCCCGGUGACGGCCACUAGUCAGCUGCACCAUCUGUCGUCGAGGCUGUCGGCCGCCGCAGCCGCGGCAGCAGUUGCGGCCGCCGCCUCCAACAUGCCGGUGCAGAAGGAUUUCAGCAUACCGCUGCACGUCGACUGCAGCGUGGAGUACGAGCUGCCGAACCAGGCGAAACCGCCGGUCGGCGCACGGGUCGAGCCGCUGCUGAUGAUCCAUCCGUGCUACUUCCGCAAGAUGGAGAGUCAGCGGCGCAGCCCGUUCAUCAACAACAUGCCAAAUUCGUCCCGUAGCUCUAGUUCGUCGAUCGCGGCCAAGAAUGGUGUCAGUGGCGGUGCGAGCAAUGGCGGCAGCAACAGCAACAGUGCCAGCAGCGUCGUCAGUGGCCCCAGUGCCACGGUCGAUCCCUCGGUGAUAAAUGGUAGCUGCACGACGGGCGUCAACAACGUCAGCAGCAGUAGCGGCAGCAGCAGCAGCCGGCGGAAUGCGGCCCACAAGUCGUCGUCCGCAUCCACCAGCAACCAGUUCCUUCAGCUCCAGCUGGACGAUUACGUCCAGCGGCAGAUGCACCGCACGACAGCGGCCAACAGUCAGCAGCAGCAACAUUACGGUGCUGCCAACAACACGGUCGCUGGUCAUCUGCAGCAACAGCAGCAGCAGCAUCAUCACCAACAACAGCAGCAGCAGCAGCAACAGCACCACAGUCGCCACCAGCAGCAGCAGCAACAACAGCAACAACCUCACCACCAUCAUCACCAAUCGCAGCACCUCGCAGGGCAGUCCUCGAAUCAGUACAACCUCACCAACAACCAGUCCCAGUCUCAGCAGCAGCAGCAGCAACAAUCUGCCUCUGUCUCAUCCUCCGACUGGGGCCGGUAUCAUCUGGGUUCGUCGGACUGUGCCAGCGCGGGCGGGGCGGCUGGUGGUGCGGGUGUUGUUGUCCGCAACGGUGGCAGCUACAGCAGCAAGGUAGCGAACGGUUACGGUGGCAACGGGCUGGCUGUCGGCAGCAACAGCAGCAGCAACAGCAGCAGCAACGCCGGCAACAAUAGCAACAAAUCCAAAAGUGUCACUAGCGCGUCCAUGAAGCGCAACGCAAGUAAUACGGGUAUCAGUCAACACCACCAACAGCAGCAACAGCAACAGCAACAGCAACAUCAGCUUCAGCAACAGCAGCAACAACAGCUGCUGAUGCCGGCCAGCUGCGCCGUGUACAACAGCACCGCCAACGGUGUCAGCAGUGGCCUGGUGGAGGGUGGCGGUGCGGGUCCCCGUUGGGGCGACAUCGAGAAGACUUCAAUGGCGGCGGCAGUGCCUCGCGAUUUCCAGGCCGGUCCCGAAUCACUGCCCAUGAAGGGUGGGGUGGUGGCGGCCGCUAACCUGCCACCCCCGUCCUACCGCAGUGGGGGCAAGCGGGACGCGAUGCUGUCCGGUGCCGGCGGCUGUGCAGUGUAUAGUAAUAAUAAUAAUAAUAGUAGUAGUAGUAACCGAAGCCACACCGGCGGCAACAACACGGGCGUCAGCAGUACGACCGGCAUUCCCAGCACGGACCUCAGCCUGUGGGAGGCGGCAGCGAACGGUGCCGGUGGCGGCACCACCAGCAACUCCACCCUGCCGGACAAGAGCUCGAUGACGGCCGCCAUUCCGCGGGACUAUCACGCGGCUGGUCCGGAACAUCUCGCGGCCUGCAACAAACUGGCGGCCGCACGUCAGCAGCAGCAACAGUACCAGCAACAUCAUCAUCAACAGCAGCAACAGCAACAACAUCACUCGCAACAGCAGCAGCAGCAACAUCGUCAACAGCAACAUCGUCAGCAGCAGCAUCAGCAACACCAACAGCAACAUCAUCAUCACCAGCAGCAGCAGCAACAACAGCAACACCUUCAUCAUCAACAGCAGCAGCAACACCAUCACAAUCAUCAGGUUGCGGUGGCGGCGGCUGCUGCGGCUGCGGCAGCGGCCGCCGAAGCCUCCGAGAAGUUGCUGUUCGCGGCCAAAUAUCGGCAGCAUCAGCGUGCAUCACAUCGACUCCACCCGUACAUGAUGAGCUCCAGCUUCACCCCGCUGAUGACGGCGGCCUUCCCGCCGAUGCAGCAGGUGUCCUGCUACAACGUGUGA